ACGGGAGGGAGGGGGAAGAGGGACCAGACUCUUAUCAGACAUCGAUGGAGACAGACAUGUUGUGGGUAGCUGGGACGGUGAUGAUUGCUUCCGUCCUGAUCUUAUCGAGCCCUCGACUCUCGACGAAUGAAGCAUAUAUCAAUCAGCCGUGAAUCACGCCGGUUCGCAUUACACACAUCUGCCUUGGUACACACCAGCUGUUUCGCUUGACCAUCCUCCACGCAGCCAUGUCUCCAACAGCGCAUCCCCUAGACCCCCUCUCUCCUCAGGAGCUCAGCACUGCCGCCCACAUUGUCAGGACAGCGCACGCAGCCAUCGCCCCUCUUCACUUCCAGGCCAUUUCUCUCCUCGAGCCGCGAAAGGCUGAACUCUCCGCAUGGCUCGCGGACCGAUCCAGGGGCCCUCGGCCAGCGCGCGUCGCUGACGUGACGGUCAUCGCGGCCGAGGGCAAGGUGUACGAUGGCUUCGUCGACCUCAAGAGCGGCAAGAUCACAAAGUGGGAGCAGCUGGAUGGUCUCCAGCCGAUUAUCACACUCGAGGAGCUCCAGAACGUGGAGGAAAUCUGUCGCCAAGACCCCAAGGUCAUUGAGCAAUGCAGGAUCAGCGGCAUCCCCGCGUCAGACAUGCACAAGGUGUACUGUGACCCGUGGACCAUUGGGCACGACGAGCGCUACGGGAACGCGACGCGUCUGCAGCAGGCGUUGAUGUACUACCGGCCCAACGUGGACGACUGCCAGUACCAGUACCCGCUCGACUUCUGCCCCAUCUUCGACUCCAACCAGCAGAAGAUUGUGGCCAUUGACAUCCCCAGCGUCCGGCGCAAGGUGCCGCGGGAGGGACGGAGCAUCAACUACCACGUCGAGGGCGUCGAGGCCCAGGGGGGCUUCCGGGAGGAGCUCAAGCCCAUCAACAUCACCCAGCCCGAGGGUGUCUCCUUUACCAUCCAGGGGCGCGAGGUGGAGUGGCAGAACUUCAAGUUCCACAUUGGCUUCAACUACAGGGAGGGCAUCGUGCUCAACGACAUUCGGUUCGUGGACAAGGGUGUCGAGCGGCCCAUCUUCUACCGCAUGUCGUUGGCCGAGAUGGUCGUGCCCUAUGGCAAUCCCGAGCACCCCCAUCAACGCAAGCACGCGUUCGACCUGGGUGAAUACGGCGCCGGAUACCUCACCAACAGCCUCGCCCUGGGCUGCGACUGCAAGGGAACUAUCCACUACCUAGACGCGGACUUUGCCCGUCGUGACGGCGGCGUCCGCCACAUCAAAAACGCCAUCUGCAUCCACGAGGAGGACGCGGGCAUCCUAUUCAAGCACACCGACUUCCGGGACGACUCGACGAUUGUGACGCGGGCGCGCAAGCUCGUGGUGCAGCAGAUCUUCACGGCGGCCAACUACGAGUACGCAAUCCAGUGGAUCUUCCACCAGGACGGCACGAUCCAGCCCGAGAUCAAGCUCACCGGCAUCCUCAACACGUACGUCAUGGCCGAGGACGAGGACACGCACGGCUGGGGCACGCAGGUCUACCCGGGCGUCAACGCGCACAACCACCAGCACCUCUUCUGCCUGCGGCUGCACGCCAACGUCGACGGGCCGCACAACACCGUCUUCGUCUCGGACACGGUCGCCUCGGACGCGCCCGUGGGCAGCCCGGCCAACAAGUACGGCAACACCUUUUACGCGCGCCGGACCAAGCUCGCGACCGAGGGCGAGGCGCGGACCGAUUACGACGGGGCCACGAGCCGGACGUGGGAGAUUUGCAACACGAACCGCCUGCACCCCUACAGCGGCAAGCCGAGCAGCUACAAGCUCGUGAGCCGCGAGGUGCCCGGCCUGCUACCCAAGGAGGGCUCGCUGGUGUGGAAGCGCGCGGGCUUUGCCAGGCACGCCGUGCACGUCACGAAGUAUCGCGACGACGAGCUCUGGCCUGCGGGCCGCCACGUACCGCAGACAGACGGGGAGCCAUCGAGCGGGCUGCCGGCGUGGAUCGGCGACGGCACGACGUCCAUCGACAACACGGACAUUGUGCUCUGGCACACGUUUGGGGUCACGCACAUCCCGUCGCCCGAGGACUUUCCCAUCAUGCCGGCCGAGACGAUGACGCUGCUGCUGCGGCCGCGCAACUUCUUUGCGAGCAAUCCGGCCAUGGACGUGCGGCCGUCGUACUGCAGCACGCCGAGCCAGGUCGCCCACGGGGGCAGGGCAGAGGUGGACGCGCGGGACGAGGCGAGUCGUCUGGCGUUUGCGGGCGGCUCGUGCUGUGGGAAGGCCAAGCUGUGAGGGACUAAUAGUGGUGGAUGCGAUGGCAGGGAGCAACAACCAGAGCAGAGUGGACGCCCUGGUGAAUCGAAGCCCUGUGUGACAGUUAGACUGUGACAGUAC